AUGUCCAAGGUGCUUAUAAGCUACAAGAAGAAGCAGAAUGAAUCGCCUUACCUGCGCUCAUGGAUACAGUCAGAUAUAAUACACCUUGUGAAGAAACACAUAGAGCAUCCAGUUUGGCCAGAGAUGAGGAAUUUUAUACCUCCCUUAAGAGGCACGGGACCCUCUUUGUUUUCUUCCAAUCAUUUAAGUAAUAGGCGCCAUCUCGUGAAGGUAACAGGUUUUCAUGCUGUACAUAACUACACGGUAUACGGCUCGGUCCGUGAUGCUGAUUGCCAUUUGCUUAGUUGAGUUCACACCUCAAUGUGUGGCUGAAUUUGAAAGACACCAUAACAUCCGUCUAACCUCCAAUACCAUUAACACUAUAUUUCUGAUUGGGGGCGCUACGUUAAAAUAUUUGCCCGUGUAUGAGCUGCGCAGGAGUGAUAAAUGGGUUGUUAACAUUUGUGUAGAUCCACAAAUCCCAGUUAUACCCAUUUUGGUUGUCGAAGAAUGUUCGGCGUUCGACCUAGAUCAAGUUGAAACGCGCUUGAGAUUUCCUUAUGUUUACAGUCUGCAUGAAUUCGUUUCUAUCUUUCAUCAAACAUAG